AGUAGAUUGAAAGAGUGAUUUUUUUUUCUUUCCUUUUUCACGGGUGAGCACAUUGGAUCCAUACUUCUACUGCAUUAUAUUCUCAACCUCAUUUCUCUCUCUAUUUUUUCUCCCUUUCUCUCUCUAAACAAUCCAAAAUUUGUUUGGGAUGUGAGAGAAGGGUGGGAGCUGAAAUUCCGGAAGAACAAAGAAGAAGAGUGUCAAUUCUUGAUUUUUGGGAAUUUGAUAGAAAGUUGAAGGCUUUUUUGCUAUUAAGAAACUGGGUUUCAUUUAAUUUUUUCUUUAAGGUUGGAACAUGUCAAGGCCACUCCAUAGAGGUGUGUCAGGUGGGGGGAGGUUAUCAGUUAAUGGGCCUGAUUUCUGGGAUGACUCUCAGAUGAAAGAUAAAAUAGAAAAGGAAGAUUUGGAGCGUAAUCGCUCACCUGGUGAUCAGACUUAUUUGUCUACAAGAUUCCUUUUUCGGAUUCUGUUUCCCGAUAAUUCUCCUUCAAAACAUAAUUUGGGUGAAAAUGGGUUACUUUCUGAUCCAUUUAGCCCUGGAACUGGACGAAAUCGACUCAAGUAUGCUUUACUUAUGAUCAAGCUGAGCUUAGUUAUCAUAAUAGUUCUUGCCCUUAGCUUAUCCUGUUGGUGGACAAUUUCGAUAACCUCAUCAUCAAGAGGUCAAAUAUACCAUGGAUACAGGAAGCUUCAGGAGCAAGUAGUAUCGGACUUAAGGGAUAUAGGACAGCUCUCUCUUGGUGCUGCAAAUGUGAAGGAUAUAGAAUACUGUCCUCCUGAAUCUGAGAACUUUGUUCCAUGUUUCAAUAUGUCAGAAAAUCUUGAUUUUGGCCUUUCUAAGGGCGAGGAGGUUGACCGCCAUUGUGGACCUGGUUCAAGACAAAAUUGCUUGGUACUUCCCCCUGUUAAUUACAAGAUUCCUCUUAGGUGGCCUACCGGUAGAGAUGUCAUUUGGCAUGCCAAUGUUAAUAUUACUGCUCAAGAGGUACUCUCCUCUGGAAGUAUGACAAAAAGAUUGAUGAUGUUGGAAGAAGAGCAGAUUUCCUUUCGAUCAGACUCUGCCAUGUUUGACAGCAUUGAAGACUACUCACAUCAAAUAGCAGAAAUGAUUGGGCUACGGAAUGAAUCAAAUUUUGUACAAGCCGGAGUCCGAACUAUCUUGGAUAUUGGAUGUGGUUAUGGCAGUUUUGGGGCACAUCUCUUUUCUAGCCAACUAUUGACCAUGUGUGUUGCACACUAUGAAGCUUCAGGCAGUCAAGUUCAGCUAACACUUGAAAGAGGUCUUCCUGCAAUGAUUGGAUCAUUUUAUUCAAAGCAGUUACCUUAUCCAUCUCUUUCUUUUGAUAUGAUACAUUGUGCGGAAUGUCAUGUUGACUGGGAUCAGAAAGAUGGUAUUCUUCUUGUUGAAGUCGAUCGCUUAUUAAGGCCUGGUGGAUAUUUUGUCUGGACUUCAACUGUUACGAAUACUCAGCGCUCCCUCCGCAACAAAGUGAACCUGAAAAAAUGGAACUUUGUCCGGAAUUUUGCUGAAAGUAUGUGCUGGGAGCUGUUGGCACAACAAGAUGAAACUGUUGUAUGGAAAAAGACAAGCUUAAAGAAAUGUUACUUUGCAAGGAGACCAGGUGUUGGGCCUUCUCUCUGCAGUAAAGGACUGGACAUUGAAUCCCCGUAUUAUCGACCGCUACAGGCAUGCAUUGCUGGAACCCAAAGCCGCCGGUGGAUUCCUAUUGAAGAAAGGACAAAAUGGCCUUCUAGGGCUAAAUUAAACUCCAGCGAACUUAAGAUUCAUGGUUUGUCAUCUGAAGCUCUUGCUGAGGAUUCCCUUAACUGGAAUUCAGCAGUUAACAAUUAUUGGUCACUUCUUUCACCUUUAAUAUUUUCCGAUCACCCAAAGCGACCUGGUGAUGAUGAUCCUUCUCCUCCCUAUAAUAUGCUUAGAAAUGUGCUGGACAUGAAUGCCCAUUUUGGUGGUUUGAAUGCUGCUCUACUGGAUGCUAGAAAGUCGGUGUGGGUCAUGAAUGUGAUUCCCACUAGUGGGCCUAACUAUCUUCCCCUAAUUCUCGACAGGGGAUUUGUUGGUGUUUUGCAUGAUUGGUGUGAGGCACUUCCAACAUAUCCAAGAACUUAUGAUCUGGUACAUGCUAAUGGACUUCUGUCAAUGGAAUUCGGCCAACAUAGCAGAUGUACGAUGUUUGACCUGUUUAUUGAGAUGGAUCGUGUUCUUCGUCCAGAGGGAUGGGUGAUUAUACGUGAUACUGUCCCUCUUGUUGAAUUAGCAAGAGCUCAUGCAGCACGGUUGAAAUGGGACGCGAGAGUUAUAGAGGUAGAAAGCAGUGACGAGAAGCUACUAAUUUGCCAGAAACCAUUUUCAAGAAGACAAGCAAGCUAAAAAUUGGCAAGGAUCUCAAAGUUGUAGAUGAUAAUAGUCAUUUGUUUGUUGGAUCAUAUUAUUAAACAGCAUUAAUUUCACACGGAAGGGGCGGAAACGAAAAUUUUUGGACAGUCAGAAAAGCAAGAGAGAGCAAGAAGAGAAGAGAACAGAAUGGUUCUGCAAAGGGACCAAAACCACAACUCCUAUGUAGCCGUAAGGUGUACAUAGGGCCAUGUAAUUACACAUUUGAGGCACAGUGCAAAUGGGAAUUGUUUUAGGGUUUUAGUUUUUUUUCCUUGUGAUGUCUCAUUAUAUAACUAUACAAGCAAAACCAUAUGUUGAUUGAAAUUGUGAAGGUAUUAUAGAAUAAGGGCAAUCGUAGCUGCCGUAGCAUA